GUGAUUUAAGUUCAUGAACUCCUUCUGUGGUUCAUUUCAGACACAACAUGUCGGGAGAUCACAGGCAAUUUUCUACGGUCCUUGGAAAGGAGCAGAAUGGAGUUAUACAGCCAAUUCUUACUGAUCUGUACCAGAUCACCAUGGCAUAUGCCUACUGGAAGAGUGGAAAGAUGAACGACGUGGCUGUGUUUGAUUUGUACUUUAGACGUAAUCCAUUUAAAGGAGAGUUCACCGUGUUUGCUGGUUUGGAGGAGUGUGUCAAAUUCAUUCAGAAUUUCAAGUUUACAGAAAGUGAUAUAAAGUACCUGAAAUCAGUGAUGCCAACUUCUGUCGAAGAAGAAUUUUUUGAAUAUCUGAAAGAAUUAAACACAAAAACAGUAACAUUAUUUGCUAUUGAGGAGGGCACAGUUGUGUUUCCUAAAAUUCCACUAUUGACAGUGAAAGGACCAUUACCUGUGGUACAGCUGAUGGAGACGCCAUUGUUAAACUUAGUUAAUUAUGCCAGUUUAGUGGCAACAAAUGGCAUGAGGUUUCGUAUUGCUGCAGGGUCAGACAGUAUCUUAUUAGAAUUUGGACUACGGAGAGCCCAGGGACCCGAUGGUGCUUUAUCUGCAUCUAGAUAUUGUUAUUUAGGAGGUUUUGACGGGACAAGUAAUGUAUUGGCAGGUAAACUUUACGGCAUUCCAGUAAGAGGUACACAUGCUCAUGCCUUCAUCACGUCAUUUUCAGGCUUAUCAGAAUUACACAAUCGGCAACUGGUUAGGAAAGGCACUGAUGAAAUGGUUGAUUUCAUUCCACUUUGUGAAAAAUGGCUGAAACAGUUAGCACCUGUAUUAGGAUUUUUAGAUGACCAAGUAUCAAAAAGUGAGCUGGCAGCCUUCAUAGCUUAUGCUACAGCAUUUCCUGAUGGUUUCUUAGCACUUAUAGAUACAUACGAUGUUGUAAGAACUGGUUUACCAAGUUUUUGUACAGUUGCUAUGGCUCUACAUGAGUGUGGCUACCAGCCUCGAGGUAUACGGCUAGACAGUGGUGAUUUAGCUUACCUUUCAAACCUUGUCAGACAGUCUUUUGAAAAAGUGGCAAGAAGUUUUAACGUGCCUUGGUUUUCACAGUUGACCAUUGUAGCCAGUAAUGAUAUUAAUGAAGACACCAUACAUUCAUUAAAUCAACAGGGACACAGUAUAAACAGCUUUGGGAUUGGAACACAUCUGGUCACAUGUCAGAAACAACCAGCACUAGGAGGUGUAUAUAAAUUGGUAGAAGUGAACAGUAAACCAAGAAUAAAACUGAGUGAAGAUGUGGAAAAGGUCACCAUACCAGGCCGGAAGAUAGCUUACCGACUGUUUGGGCACGAUGGAAAUGCCUUGGUUGACCUGAUGUUAAAACCAGAUGAUGAGCCACCUAAAAGUAAUGAGAGAGUUCUUUGUAGACACCCUUUCAUAGAGUCCAAAAGAGCUUAUGUAUGUCCUGCUAAAAUAGAAAGAUUACAUAAAGUGUUUAUAGAAAAUGGAGAGGUUAAGCAACCUUUACCUACAUUAACAGAACUGAGGUCCAAAGCCUUAUGCUCUCUGAAGAGUCUUAGAAUUGACCAUCGACGAGCCUUAAAUCCUACACCUUACAAGGUGUCGGUCAGCAGUAAUCUGUAUUCAUUCAUGCAUGACCUGUGGUUAGAUAAUGCACCAAUAGGAGAGCUUUCAUAAAUCAUGUGAUCUAGUCAAAUUAACAUCAUAUUAAAUAUUGUGAUAUCAAUCAGAAAACACACACACAUUUCCAAUCUACCAGUGGAAUUUUAUGUUGUAUGCGAGUAGAAAAUGUUAUUUUGAUGUUAUGUUAGACUCAGCUAAUAGUGAACCUGAUUGAGUAUGCUGUAAAUGAAUAUUUGCUAAUGUCAGUCAUUGAAUUUACUGCUGCAAAUUGUGAUUUAUAGCAGUGUAAUAUUUUAAAACAAACUUUUUCUAGACUGUGAUAUUUUACCACUGACAUAAUCAUGUCUUUAUAGAGAUUUAUUACUAUUCUAUCCCACACUCCAAUGGAGGGAAUAUACUGGUUUACCUCUGUAACACAUUUCUGUUUCUUUUUUCUCAGGAUGAUAAUUCAUAACUUCUUGAUAUAUGUCAAUAAACUACAUCUGAUAAUGUCAAAAUGUGUGACACAUUUAUUAGUUCCUUUCAUUUCCACAUUUUAUUUGCCUGAAACUUGUAGCUUGAAAUGUCAUGCACAUAUGAAAAUGUUGUCAUAUUUUCCCCAGCUUUUUUGGUAUAUGACCUUUUUCAUUAAUAUGUUUAUACAAUAUAUGUAAAUGCAAAACUUUUGUCAAAAAUAAAUAUUUUUCUUUUUAAACUAAAACAUUGAAAUGAAAUAAUUUAAAUGAUAAUGAGUUCUUAUCCUCUUUAUUUUUGAAAAGUCACAAAUUGAGAGAAAUAUGCAAAAAAACUUAAAAAAUAUUGAAUCUUGCUGUUCACAUCUCAUCUGGAUAGUUAGAGUUGUCUCCCUCCCAUUGUAAAGAACCAAUAUUUUCCUGACAAUUUCAAAUUCAGGCACUUUCCUAUACAUUUUCUAUAUCACCAUGCUUAUGUUAUUACGUCACAGUUAAAACAUAAUUGUAAUGAGACCAUUUAAAUUGAUUGACCUUGGGUCAACUGGCCAUGGUGUAACUUAUUCAUAAAAAAACAACUUGAGAUUGGUGUAUAAAACCUUACUCAGUAACAGAUUGAUAUUUUUUGAGAGAACAUUGAAUUCUGGUUGUUAUUUAUUAGAAUGCCUCCACUAUCUGUACUUUACUAUUUUUGUUAAGAGUUUUUUUAUUGAUGUAUUUGUUGUUCUGUUUUGUACAUAUUAUGAUACAAUGGUCCAUGAAAUUUUAAGGUAAUAUCACAAAGGCGAAUAUAUCGUCUAUAAGUUUUAAGAAAUGGGAAUUGAAAGAACAGACCAGUAAUCUCUAAAUGUUUCUGAUCUUUUUUUAUAAUUUGACAUUGAGGUAGACUUUUUUAUAAUGAUACAAAUGAAGUCUAUUGAGAUAAAAAUUUAAAUCAAAAUGAGACGGUAUUUAAAUGCAAGAUUGUGACUGGUAUGUUGAAAAAGAUUUGUUUUUUUUUAGAGACCACUUCACCGCAUCAAAAUUUUUGAUUAAUCACCAGUCAGGGGUGUUCCAAUGAACUUAUAAUUAGGAUUCACAUGCAUUACACUUUAAAUUUAUUAUAUGAUCAGCUCACAAAUUGACAUGAUGUUUUAUGAUUACAAAAAAUAUUUAAAUAAGAAUAAAGUCUAAAAAUCAAUUUAAUAGAUGCAAGCUAAGUUAGAAAAUCAAAAUAAGAGCAAUUCACUGCCUCAAAUUAGUCAACAUUUGACCAUACAAUUGUGUGGUAAUUACUUUGAUUACAUGAAUUUCAUAAAACACCUCCACACUAUCAUGUUCAAACAUUCCAACUGAUGGCAAUUUUUUAUUUUCAACUGAUAUUAUUACAAAAUAAAUGAUUGAUGUGAGUACAUCUGCACUGACUUGGUUUUUUUUUAUCUUCUUAUUUAAGAUAGUUUCGAAUGUUUUGUAUGGCUGAAACAUUUAUUUACUGUUGUAUAUAUCUGAACAGUUUGUUGGGCCAGUUUUGUCAUUCAUUUGGAUUUUUUUAGAGGGAUUACCUUUUAUAAGUAAGGUUUUUAUAUAUUUGAAAUAAAUAACUAAAUAUCCUACCCAUAUGUAGAUCAAAUAGAAAAACAUUCUGCAUUCUGUUUUAUGGCUUCUAAAAGAAAAAGCAAUUGUUACAAAAAAAACAUUUCUCUGUAGGAAUUAUGAAUACAGCAUUAAUUUUACAGCUGCUAACCUUGAAAAAAAAUCAUGUUUUUAUUAUAUUGGGAUAAACAGAAUAACUAUGAUAAGGAAAAAUAUACCCAGCUUCCUCUCCGCCCCCCUCCUCCCCCCCCC